GAGAAUUGAACCCGUGACCUCCUAGUUGAUAGGUCGACGCUUAACCACUGAGCCACGCCAGUCAGGUGACAACGUUUCCUUUGAAUCCGCCUUUCCAGUCACUACAGCUGCAACAGGCCAGGGCAGGAAGUCACCUUCUGGCUCACAGCCCUCAUGGUCAGGCACCUGGCACAGGUGCUGAUGGUGGGAGGAGUGUGCAGCGCUUUCGGGCACUCGGAGAAACGUGAGAAACGUCUGCUCAGCGCUUCCGCGUGCCACAGACGUUUGGAAAGGAGCCGCCUGGAGGCUCAGCUGGUGGGCGAGGCCCGUGGUCAUUUCCGGCAGCGACUGGCGGUCCCAGCCGCGUCUGCAGGUUUCACUUUUGGGUCCUGAGCCCACAGUCGGCUGAGCGCUGCUUUGGAGGCUCCAGAGCUCAGCCCGGCAGCCCCAGCCCCAGUGACCUCACUUCCUGCGCCCCCGGAACCUGGGCAACAAGUUCAAGGUCACGCCCGAGGCCGCCCCUCCGGGGAGCAUGUCCGCCUUCGAGCGGGUGGUGAAGAGCGUGGUCCAGGAGCUGGACCGCCCAGGGGAGCUGGUCCCAGUGGACAGCCUGCGGAGCUCCACCAGCUUCCAGCCCUACUGCCUGCUGGCCAGGAGGCCCCCCGGCUCCAGGUUCUGGAGGCCCCGCUACAAGGGCAUCAACCUGUCCAUCAAGGACAUCCUGGAGCCCGAUGACCCCGAGCCAGCCGUCCAGUGCAUCGGUCCCUACCAAUUCCAAGACGCGGUGGAUGGGCAGCUGCAGGGCCGCGUGGAGCUGAGCGUCCCAGGGCAGGGCGGGUUCUCGGGCGGGGCCUCCGUGUCCGGCAGCUCCAGCACCUCCAUGAAUGUGUGCACGCUGCGAGUGGACCCCAACACCUGGGAGGCCAUGCACCAGAAGAGGCACCUUCGGCAGCCGGAGCACAAGGUCCUGCAGCAGCUGCGCAGCCGCGGGGACGACGUGUUCGUGGUGACGGAGGUGCUGCAGACGCAGGAGGCGGUGGAGGUCACCCGGACCCGCCGGCAGGAGGGCUCGGGCCAGUUUGUGCUGCCGGGAGCCACGUGCUUUCAGGGCCUGGGCCAGGGCGAGGGCCACCUGAGCCGGAAGAGGACCGUGACCAUCCCCACGGGCAGCGUCCUCGCGUUCCAGGUGGCCCAGCUGGUCAUCACCCGGUCGGGCUGGGACAUCCUCCUCAGCCCCAACAAGAAGCAGAGGACUUUCGAGCCGCCCCCAGUAGGCAACCUGCUUCCCGGAGGAGCAAGCAGCCGGCCCCGGCGGCCACCCCUCCGCUUCUCCAUAAGGUCCAUAGCUAAGCAACUCAGUCUCAUAGGAGAUGGGCUGGAGGAUGACAGGCAGGUGCCCGCGGAGGACUUCCCCAGCCUGCAGGUGCCCACGGAGGACUUCCCCAGCCUGCAGACGGAGGUGAGGGCCUGUGCCCGGCUCCUGGAGAGCCUGUCCGGGCCGCUGUGCGAGCAGCUGCUGAAGGGCCUGAGGCAGGUGCUGCAGGAUGAGCCGGCCCUGGAAGCCCUGGAGGAGUUGCUGGAGCAGGGCCUGUGCUGCGGGCGGGUGGAGCCCCUGCAGGGUCCCAUGGGCGACAUCCUCGAGUGCCUGGUGCUCCCCGACCGGAUGCUGGUGGAGGAGCUGGCCGGCCCCAUUGCCUACCUGCUGGAAGCCCUGGCUGCGCUGAGCGAAACCCAGCACGCGCUGCUGGCCGAGGCGCUGGAGGCCGAGGCGCUGUCAGAGCCCUUGCAGCUGGUGGAGAGCCUUUUGGAGCAGACCACGCCGUGGCAGGAGCCCAGAGCCGUGUCCCUGCCACCUGGGCUCCUGGGGAGCAGCUGGGGCCCAGAGGUGCCCACCUGGACCCUGCUGGAGGCAUGCGGCCUAGAGCUGCAGGCAGGUGCCCCCCAGGCGUCCUGGAGGCCCGAGGCUCAGGGCCGCACGUGUGCGCUCUACGCCUGCCUGGCCGCUGGCCUGCCCCGGGCAGCUCUGGGCAGGGAGCGCUGCCGGCUGCCGGCUGCCAGCCUGGGAAGAUGGAGCCCAGCCCGGCCGAGGCCCGUUCCCCACGGGACUGGGGGGCGUCAAUAAAUGUGCUACACAAAGGGAA